GUUUGGUUCGGCUACUCAAAACCCCCAUAUUAAAACGAAAGGCCCAUAAGAUCAGCAUAGAGCCGGCGAAAACCCCAUCGGAGGAGAUUUAGGAAUGGCAAGAUCUGGAGGAAACGACGGACAUAGAGCCGGCGACAGUCGUCUCUCGAAGAGGCAACGACUUCCUCCUUCUCCCGAUGAAUCUGAAGAGGAAUUAGACCCAGAGUUGUUCGAAGAGCCAAGUAAUUUAGAAGGAUACGAAGAUGGAGAAUUCGAAGAAGAUGAAGAAGAAUUCGAAGAAGAAGAAGAAGAAUUAGAAGAGGAAGAAGACGAAGAAGAAGAAGAAGAAGAAAACGUUACUACUGAUGAACAAUCUGGAAGUCCUAAAUCAUCCCAACCGGUGAAGCUUCAGAGCUCAGAUGUUCUCGAUUGUCCUACUUGUUGUGAACCACUCAAGAGACCAAUCUAUCAGUGUAGUAAUGGGCAUCUAGCUUGUUCGUCAUGCUGCCAAAAAUUGAACAAGAAAUGCUCGUUCUGUAGAUGUAACAUCGGGGAUAUACGAUGCAGAGCGAUGGAGAAGGUUAUCGAAGCAUCUAUAGUCCCGUGUCCAAAUGCGAAACACGGGUGUAAAGAAACCACCACGUAUUGUAAUCAGUCAAGCCAUGAGAAGGUUUGCAAGUUUGUCCGAUGUUCUUGCCCUGUAUCGAACUGCAACUACGUGAGUUCAUACUCGAAUCUCAAAAGCCAUGCUUGUAGUACUGCACACGUUUGGGGUGAAGACGACAUCCACUUCCAGUUAGUGAUUGACCGUCCUAGAAUUUUUAACAUGAACCUUGGUAGGAAGAAGACGGUUGUAUUUAAGGAAGAGAAAGAGGGUGAUUUGAUUGUUGUUCAGGCUUUCAAGGGAUUGGAAGGUGUUUAUGUGACUGUCAACCGUAUUGCACAUAUGGCUCCGGGAAUACGUGACUUGUCAUGUAGUUUGGCUAAGCUCAACGAGUAUAGCACACUAAGGAGUGGAUCGUUGGUGAAGAAAAUUCAGAAAGUGAGAGAGAAAAUGCAUCUUGAAGAUGACUUGAUGUGGAUACCGCCUAAAAUGUUGAGCGGUGACCACUGGAAGAUGCAGAUUUGCAUUGCCUAUGGAUAUAAAUUUAUUCACAUCUGAAGAAUCCUCUCAAAGUCUCAAUUCUUUUGCUCUGCUCUUAUAACUUAGAAGUAGACGGUCGUUGGAUCAUAAACCCUGCUUCAUGUGUUAUGUGAAAAUUCUUUUUUAGAGAUAAAAUGUUAAUUGUAUUGGUCCGGGUUCGACUGAUUUAGUUGGUACCGACUUGAACUCAAACUUAAU